GCGACCAUGUGAAACAUGUCCUGAGAUUUUAUUGAAGAUUUCUUACAAUAACUAUGAUGUAAGCCAACAUGAUUCGCUAUGUUCUUGGUGCAAGCAUCGCCUCUAAGUAUUGAGCAGAAAAUAAUCUAUUGGCCAACAUUAUAGCCUUUUAAAAUUCUUUGAAACUUGUAAUUUCAAACCAUCAAGAUGAAGAUAAAGCGAAACCACCAUGUGCACAGGGUCUUGACAUUCUACAAAAACAGCUUUGGUUUCAAUCCACCUUACAAUGUUUUGAUUGAUGGAACAUUCUGCAAGGCAGCACUGUCACAUCAAGUGAACAUUAGUGAACAGACACCAAAAUAUCUUGGUGCAGAAGUAAAAUUUUACACAACUGCUUGUGUGAAAGCAGAAUGUAAAGCGUUUGGAACUCUCUUGUUUGGUCCUUGGAAAAUAUUACAACAAUUUGAAGAGAAACCCUGUGGUCAUGCCAAUCCAGUUCCUGCUUCCAAAUGUCUUUACAAACUACUGAAGAGAAAGAAAAACCAGGGGAAAUACAUGCUGGCCACUCAGGACCCAGAAUUGAGUGAAGUUAUUCGCAUUCGUCCUGGAAUCCCACUGUUGUAUAUUUCCCACAAGGCCAUUAACCUUGAAAAACAGUCCAACACAUCUCAAGAAGUCGCGGACCGAACUUUGCACCAAAAACUAGAACCUGUGACCCAACACAAAACUAUUGAAAAAUUAAAGGUGAAAGAACUGGGUGAAAGUGCUGAUGACUCUAAACCUAAAAAAAGGAAACGAAAAGGUCCACCUGGACCGAAUCCUUUGUCUUGUCAAAAGAAAAAGAGAAAAAUGACAGUGAGUUCCCCGGGUCCUGAUGCUGCUACUGCUGCUGCUGGAAAAAAGAAACGAAAACGUCACAAACGGAAAAAGGGUGCUUUAGUGUCUUCAUGACUUGAACCCUGCUUAAUGUCAUGAUCAUGCCAGAGACAAUUUUUGUUUAAAACAAUUAUUGUAGAUUGAUCCACAAAUAGAUGAAGAAUCUUUCUACUUUUGAAUCGUAGUGGUAACUACAAUAACUAUUGAAGACUCGGAUGUGUUGUUUUUUUUAAUUUUUGUUGACCGUUCAGAACCACGAUUGUUAUUAGAUAUGAAAAAAGUAUUCAUGAUUCCUCCAAAGAACAGUUAAUCCUGUGACCUGCUGACUGGAUGUGACGGUCUCCUGACAUAUGGCAUGGUUGAGACAGUCUACCGACAUCAAAUUGGCUGUAAAAGUCUCUUGGCCUACCAAACUGGUUGUGACGAAUCGACCAUCUCUCGAAAUCAGACUGGUUCUGACUCUCUUUUGGCAUAUCGGAGUGGUUGUUGUGACUGUCUCUCUUGUCAUAUCGGAGUCGUAUUGGUGGUCUCCUGAUAUGGUUGUGACAAGAUUUUGACGUCAGGCUGGUUGUGACCGUCUUUUGAAAUAUCAGACUGGUUGUGACAGUCUCGGCAUAUCAGACUGUUAAUACAGUCUUGGCAUUAUCAAACUGGUUGUGACAGUCUCUUUACAUGGUUGUGACUAUCUAUUGACAUCGAACUGGAAUUGUGACAGUCUCCUCAGCCUCAGCCGUCCACCAUCUUGGUUGCCUUUGUUUAUUCAAGUUGCCCGGUAGAAAUUUUGCCGAGAUGCGGGUACAGAUAUGUACACAGCAAUGUAGACACUGUCAGUGGUAUGUUUUCAACCAGGCGACCAAGAUGGCGGUCAGCCGAUGGGUUGAUAGCUUCAUGGCAUGAUGAAAUAGCCCGAGUAAGAGAAAACAAAUUUUGCAUAAGACUACCGUACUUGACUGAGGUCAUUACCCGAGGUUAUUAUAACGACUUAAUCAAAUAAAGUUUUAUAUAUAUGGAAUGAUUGCGAUUUUUCCACUAUUUGCUCUCCAAAUACGACGUUUCAAGGAUUUAAAAAAAAUAAAUCCUUUCAUUUGCUCAGGUGUGUAUAUUCUUGCGGUUUUUCCCGAAGGCCUUUUUCAAAAUAACGAUAAGCCCGGGGACUUUUCGAAGGGUUUAAAGCCUGGCUAUG